AUGGAGAGGGGAAAGAGCCAGUGGUACAACCAGGAUGCUGCAGACCCUCCUCGGGCAAGGGAUGGGGCGAGGUAGGUCAAGUGUGGCUCUCUACUGCCUAUUCAGUGCAUUGUAGCCUAUUUUGUAGUGAUUAGGGUAUAAUCCCAAGUGUGAUUGAAUGUUGUCAAUACUGAUCCAUUUAUGUGAGUAUGACUUCAACAGAUGUCCUCAAUGUAUCGACUGCUGAUUUAGCCUGCUAUUGACUCCAACCAGGAUUAGUCAUCAAGGUCUCCAUGUCUAACCCCAUUACCAGAGGGAGUCAGUGGGACCAUCUAUAGAUCACGGCCUCAAUGUCUCAUGACCAUGUUUGUCUGCGAGGCUUAUCAAACAGACAAUCUAUUAUCCUACGUUUGUCAGGCUCACCACCACCACCAUCGUUUUACUGUCUCCUAAGAGAUUGUAUAGGCUUAUAUUACGGAUGUGCUGGUAUUGUUUUCUUUGUGAAAAUAAUUGGGGCACUGACUUCCUUGUUUGUGAAGGUGGGGAGACUGCUACAAAGGGGCCGGACCUUGGUCCAAUACUACGAGUUUGUACAAAGGAUGGGACAAGUGCAAACUUGGUCUCUUUCAAUGGAGAGAAACAUUCCCAUAGUAUAGAAAGUUGUAGGCCUAUUGCUUAGUUGCCAUGAUUGUCAGAUAUUCACAUGUCUAUACAAUACAUUCCAGCUGAGUAAUAUCGGCUGACAGUGUUAGCAAUAAGGUGACAAUGCUGGAUGUAAUCUGUACUGGCACAGACCUCAAUGGCAAUUGGCCUUGAACAGUGUUAUAUGAUAAUGUAAAUUACUUCAGCAGACUACAAUUGCCCUUAACCCUCCCGUUGUCCUAGGGUCAAAAUUACCCGCCACUGUGUUGAACCAACUUUAUUAAAUUUUUAUAUUUUUGGGAUCAUUUGUGAGAAGGAGGCAGUGAUACUUUCUCUAAAGUCUCACUGCCUCCUUCUCACAAAUGAUCCCAAAAAUAUAAAAAUUAAAUAAAGUUGGUUCAACACAGUGGCGGGUCAUUUUGACCCUAGGACAACGGGACUCUAGCAUGCAACAAAUUGGUUGCAUGCAGGUUGCUUGAAUUUGAGUUAUUCCCAUGCGUUUCAUUGGCAGUUGCAUUUAAAAAAUGUGAUUCUGUGAUUUGGGCCUCAUUGGCCCCAUGUCACAUGUACAGUUGGCUACAGUACAGUGGACUCGGUGAGAUGCCAAGCGAUGCUCAAAGCACACACUAAUAAAUGUGUGCAUAUCCGUGUGCUACGUGGCAGGGCCUGCGACUUCUACCGUCAGUCUAAGCAUACACAUUCCGUCCCCAUGUUUGCUUUGAGACACGGCCCAUGCGUCCUCUCUUCUGUAACACACAGACUGGGCCUGUUCUCAGAUUCUCAUUCUCCGACUUUUCAUUAAAGAAAAGGACAAUUGUAUGAUCUAUCUGUCAAAAACAUGAGGUGGAACCCAAUGCCAGGCGUAUUAUGAAAGGAAUGUAAAUUCAAUGUAGAGUAAAAUCUGGUCAGAUGCAGACGACUGUUAACAUUUACAGACUUGGUCAGGCUAUAGGUCUGUCUAUAAAGACACACAGUAGGUCAGUUUUCCACAAAGUAGUCCCAGGCCUAAUGGUCUGCAGACUAACAUGUAAAGGAAGGGAUGAAAUUUCACAGGGCUUUGAAUAGAGCUCCGGCUACCCUGCUUCCAUUGUUUUACACUCCUAUAUCAGCCCCACCCCAGGCUUAGUCAUGUGAGUAUGACUGGGACCUGUGCAAAGCUGUCAUCAAGGCAAAGGGUGGCUAUUUUAAAGAAUCUCAAAUAUAAAAUAUAUUCUGAUUUUUGUUUAACACUUUUUUUUUUUUUUGUUACUACAAGAUUCCAUAUGUGUUAUUUCAUACUUUUGAUGUCUUCACUAUUAUUCGACAAUGUAGAAAAUAGUCAAAAUAAACCAAAACCCUUGAAUGAGUAGGUGUUCUAAAACUUUGGACGGGUAGUGUAUGUUCUCACUUUUAAUGCCUGUAUGUAACAUGCUCUAUACCCAGACACUCGGUAGCCUAAAGAGAAACCAUAAACCGUUUUAACCUGGCCUCCUGAAACUGUAAAGUGUUUUAUUAUUGGAACAUUUUGCCAACCGAAGUGAGAGAAUGGCAGCCGGUCAACUUCACUUAAAUUUCUCAAUCGUCAUUGACUGAUGUUUUAGACAACGCCUUAUUUCUGGAGAGACUUGGCCUAUCUGUAGUCUGGCUUUUUACAUUUACAUUUUAGUCAUUUAGCAGACGCUCUUAUCCAGAACGACUUACAGUUAGUUAGUGCAUACAUUAUUAAUUUUUUUCAUACCCCCUGUGGGAAUCGAACCCACAACCCUGGCGUUGCAAACGCCAUGCUCUAUCAACUGAGCUACAUCCCUGCCGGCCAUUCCCUCCCCUACCCUGGACGACGCUGGGCCAAUUGCGCGCCGCCCCAUGGGUCUCCUGGUCGCGGCCGGCUACGACAGAGCCUGCAUUCGAACCAGGAUCUCUAGUGGCACAGCUAGCACUGCGAUGCAGUGCCUUAGACCACUGCGCCACUCGGGAUACUUUUUAUGGCGGUUUUGGAGCAGUGGCUUCUUCCUUGCUUCUUCCUUCCUAACCUUUCAGGUUAUGUCGAUAUAGGACUCGUUUUACUGUGGAUAUAGAUACUUUUGUACCUGUUUCCUCCAGCAUCUUCACAAGGUCCUUUGCUGUUGUUCUGGGAUUGAUUUGCACUUUUUGCACCAAAGUACGUUCAUCUCUAGGAGACAGAACGCAUCUCCUUUCUGAGCGGUAUGACAGCUGCGUGGUCCCAUGGUGUUUAUACUCGCGUACUAUUGUUUGUACAGAUGAACGUGGUACCUUCAGGCGUUUGGAAAUUGCUCCCAAGGAUGAACCAUACUUGUGGAGGUCUACCAUUUUCUUUCUGAGGUCUUGGUUGAUUUCUUUUGAUUUUCUCAUGAUGUCAAGCAAAGAGGCACUGAGUUUGAAGGUAGGCCUUGAAAUACAUCCACAGGUACACCUCCAAUUGACUCAAAUUAUGCCAAUUAGCCUAUCAGAAGCUUCUAAAGCCAUGACAUUUUCUGGAAUUUUCCAAGCUGUUUAAAGGCACAGUGAACUUCGUGUAUGUAAACUUCUAACCCACUGGAAUUGUGAUACAGUGAAAUAAUCUGUCUGUAAACAAUUGUUGGAAAAAUUACUUGUGUCAUGCACAAAGUAGAUGUCCUAACCGACGUGCCAAAACUAUAGUUUGUUAACAAGAAAUUUGUGGAGUGGUUGAAAAACAAACAAGUUUUAAUGACUCCAACCAAAGUAUAUGUAAACUUCGGACUUCAACUGUAUAUCAUGUAAAGGUUACUACAAGCUCUACUCCAUUGAGCUAUGUGUAUGCGUGCACGUGGGUGGAGUGGGGGUUUUGGAGUAGCAGACCCCAUUUGAUAUCCUUGCCAGUCUCACUCCCAUUCACAAGUAUUUUCUUGUCUUAAUUUUGUGAAAACAAGGAAGAGUCUCCUUCCCUUGCUAGUAGUGGCUAGCUGGCUUUAGCCUAACUAAAAACAUAGCAAGCUAGCUAGCCUUUUUAGCUUCCUACAUCUCCAUGUGUAAUAAUCAGAUAAAAUAUUUUUAAAAUAUCUCUGGCAAAUAUUCUUAUACUUGCCGGCAUAACGUAUAACAUUAUCCCAGUUUGAUAUGCUGCUUGCGUAUUAAUUCCCAUAUCAGCUAAAAAUAGAAAGUCAUGUUUUGGACACAGAGAAAAAGGCACAUGGCUAGCUAGUUGGCUACAUAAGGUUCUACCAUUUCACAAUAGCCUGUAAUAACUAGUUAUGACUUUUAAACAAUACCUUUUUGGGUGGAUUCUUGGGUUUUCUUGUCUUCUCAUUUGUUGUGAACGGAAAAUAACGGUCUUGUUUUCCCUUGCUAGCAAGUUGGCUAAACACUGCAAGCUAGCUAGCCUUUUAGCUUCCCACAGCUCCAUGUGAAAAAAUCAGAUUUAUAAUUGAAUAAUAUUCCCUGGCAAUGUUAUCCCAGUUUGAUAUGCUGCUUGAAUGUUUUCACUCCCAUAUCAGCUGGAGAAAAAGCACAUCCCGCAGCUGUUUUUACCAGUCUGGAAUCAUUAUUACAACUAAACAAAGUAAACUUUUGGGCGACUCUAAGGCUACAAUAUUUGGUUUAUUGGUUGAACAGUCGCUGAGAUUCUAUUUGCUUAUCAAUGCAAAAUAGGCUACAUUGACGCAUAGCCUAUAUAUCAGAUCAAGGAACCAAGCAAGAUUCCUUGCCUACACAACACUGCCCCCACGGCUACGGAAGAGAUGAUACGGCACGUUACAAUUUUCAUGUGACACGGGAGUACGUCAAAUGUCGGAGCGCACGUGAGCCUUUCCUAUUUUGUUCUAUAUUGUUCCUCAAUCAAGUGGAGAGGCUGACAUCACUGAUUCCCAUCAGCCCAACUCCUUGAAUGCCCUACUACUUUAAGUUUUCAGUUGUCUAAAAAAAACAAUAUUUUGCAAAAAAAUAUAUAUUGUACCCUUUGCGUGUACUUUACUGUAUUUAUACUUAGGAUAUCGCUUUUCAACAGUAAAAUGGGGGUCUAGUCUAGAGUAGACUGGCAUAUACAGUGAGGGAGAAAAGUAUUUGAUCCCCUGCUUAUUUUGUACGUUUGCCCACUGACAAAGACAUGAUCAGUCUAUAAUUUUAAUGGUAGGUUUAUUUGAACAGUGAGUGAGAAUAACAACAAAAAAAUCAAGAAAAACGCAUGUCAAAAAUGUUAUAAAUUGAUUUGCAUUUUAAUGAGGGAAAUAAGUAUUUGACCCCUCUGCGAAACAUGACUUAGUACUUGGUGGCAAAACCCUUGUUGGCAAUCAGAGGUCAGACGUUUCUUGUAGUUGGCCACCAGGUUUGCACACAUCUCAGGAGGGAUUUUGUUCCACUCCUCUUUGCAGAUCUUCUCCAAGUCAUUAAGGUUUCGAGGCUGAUGUUUGGCAACUCGAACCUUCAGCUCCCUCCACAGAUUUUCUAUGGGAUUAAGGUCUGGAGACUGGCUAGGCCACUCCAGGACUUUAAUGUGCUUCUUCUUGAGCCACUCCUUUGUUGCCUUGGCCGUGUGUUUCGGGUCAUUGUCAUGCUGGAAUACCCAUCCACAACACAUUUUCAAUGCCCUGGCUGAGGGAAGGAGGUUCUCACCCAAGAUUUGAUGGUACAUGGCCCCGUCCAUCGUCCCUUUGAUGCAGUGAAGUUGUCCUGUCCCCUUAGCAGAAAAACACCCCCAAAGCAUAAUGUUUCCACCUCCAUGUUUGACGGUGGGGAUGGUGUUCUUGGGGUCAUAGGCAGCAUUCCUCCUCCUCCAAACAUGGCGAGUUGAGUUGAUGCCAAAUAGCUCGAUUUUGGUCUCAUCUGACCACAACACUUUCACCCAGUUCUCCUCUGAAUCAUUCAGAUGUUCAUUGGCAAUUUCAGUGCUUUCUUGAGCAGGGGGACCUUGCGGGCGCUGCAGGAUUUCAGUCCUUCACGGCGUAGUGUGUUACCAAUUGUUUUCUUGGUGACUAUGGUCCCAGCUGCCUUGAGAUCAUUGACAAGAUCCUCCCGUGUAGUUCUGGGCUGAUUCCUCACCGUUCUCAUGAUCAUUGCAACUCCACGAGGUGAGAUCUUGCAUGGAGCCCCAGGCCGAGGGAGAUUGACAGUUAUUUUGUGUUUCUUCCAUUUGCGAAUAAUCGCACCAACUGUCACCUUCUCACCAAGCUGCUUGCCGACGGUCUUGUAGCCCAUUCCAGCCUUGUGUAGGUCUACAAUCUUGUCCCUGACAUCCUUGGAGAGCUCUUUGGUCUUGGCCAUGGUGGAGAGUUUGGAAUCUGAUUGAUUGCUUCUGUGGACAGGUGUCUUUUUAUACAGGUAACAAACUGAGAUUAGGAGCACUCCCUUUAAGAGUGUGCUCCUAAUCUCAGCUCGUUACCUGUAUAAAAGACACCUGGGAGCCAGAAAUCUUUCUGAUUGAGAGGGGGUCAAAUACUUAUUUCCCUCAUUAAAAUGCAAAUCAAUUUAUAAAAUUUUUGACAUGUGUUUUUCUGGAUUUUUUUGUUAUUCUGUCUCUCACUGUUAAAAUAAACCUACCAUUACAAUUAUAGACUGAUCAUUUCUUUGUCAGUGGGCAAAUGUACAAAAUCAGCAGGGGAUCAAAUACUUUUUUCCCUCACUGUAGACAAUGUUGGUAUGCCAUGUCUGUCACAAACGGUUCUAUUGAUACCGGUUUUCUAUACAGGACCCACUUGGCAGGGUUAAGAGUUGGCUGUGUAUCAAGUGUGGGCAACCAUCGUAGAAAUUGGGGGAAAUGUUACUUAAAAGCCUUUUGUGGAAAUGACAUCUAGCAUCCCCCCCCCCCCCCUCUUGUUUUCGAGUGUCCCUCGGUUGGGGAGUGUUGCUUAAACGGAACAACUAGUGGUAGGGAGAGCAAAAUUAGGCUUAGGGAAUGGGACAUCACUAGCGCACAUCAGAAACUGCAAACUGAUACCACAAUUCAAUGAUGAUGAGCCUUGUGUUUUUCACAAUGCCUGUAGUGGCUGCAAUAAUAGCUUUCCUUAUAUUUCUCAUGCAACAAAUAUGUACUUACUAUAUAAGCAACAAAUGAGAACAGCAGAACAACAAUGUGCCUGUACUAUUGUACCCAUCUUCUGGCUGUGGCUCAGUGUGGAGUAGUAAUGAAGCAGGACUUUCAUUCCAUAGCUGUUUGACAUAACAGUCUCAUUUCCUUCACUCAGUCAUAACUAGUGGAAUCAUUGUAGUUAGAACAAUUAAAACCACUGUUCUGAAUUAGGCUAAUAUGGCUACACAUCCAUAGCAUACACGUAUUACUAUCCUCCACUGCACAAUAAGCAAUAAAAUAGUUAGCUACUGCUACGUUACUUGCAUUGGCAAGUAUCUUCAUUCUCUAACAUUACUACAAAUAAAGAACAAUUACAAGUUAUUGACUUUGAAAUAUUUUUUCAUGAACAGCAAGGCAAGCUUACAAAAUUGGACAUUCAAUUCGCAUUAAAUCCUUUAGCUAGCAAGUUAGAUUAUUUACAUCCACUGGGUUUCACAAGAUGACUUGCUGGUUUUCUCAGGAGUCCCUAAAACACUAAUUACAAUUCAUACAAAUGUAAAACGCCCAUAUAGCAAGCUAGUUGGCUAAUGUUAGCUAGUCGGCUAACUUGUUAAAUAGCGAUUUUCGGGAAUUUGACAAAUAUGCAUAAUCGUUUUUCUCUACAUUUAGUAACAUAUUCCUCUGAACUGUACAUUUUUUACAUGAUUCGUUAUGAAGCUAUAAUUACUUACAUUUUUGUCAGCCAUCUUCCUGAAGCAACUUUAGAGCCUUGGGUCGCAGAGCUUUAUGGGAGUUUUGAUAACCACUCGAUAGGAAGUCUGCAUUUCACUUUUUCUUGGGGGGGGGUGUAUUGGGAUUGAGCCCAAGUACAUCUUUAGCAAACGAUGAUGCAUUGAUUUAGUAUAUUAAUGUGCUGCACAUCAAGUGGCAUACCAUGUGUUCCGUACUGUUGUGGAUCCAUAGCCAGGGGUGGAAUAGGGAGUUUGAACCUCUACUCCCUGUCAGAAAAGGCUUGACGGGACGGUUUGAGCAGCUCGCUGGCAUCACCACACACUCAAACCCACCUGAGCUUCUCAGACUUUCUCUGCACUGUAAUGAUGAAAUCUACUGUAAUUAUGUCUUCAAGCUAAGAUCAUAUGUAAAGGAUCUAUAUUUCUUUCAUCUCAGUCUAGCCUAGCUACUCUGAGCUUGUGGAAUUUUUUAAAGUACAGGAAAGGCUUAUUGCUCCACUGACUGUCAGUGCAGAAGGCGUGUGUCCUUAUGUCAUCCACUACGAAGUGUCACACCAUUUCAACACAAAGCCACUUCCUUUCGGUAAUAGAACAAUCAGCUUUCGCUGGAAGGAUGUGGCCAUACUGAGCUGAACUAGUUCAGAAGUCACUCAGAACCAAUCAUUAUGCAGUAGCAGAUUUUUAAGACUUGAAGGCCUUUGAUUCAUUCUGCACUUUUAUAUAUUUUUAUGUUGCAUGUUUUUGUCCUGUGAAAAGAAUAUCAACUCAGGAAACCAAUGUUUCUUAGGUCUAAUGAUGUCUUACACUUUGUAGGCUAUACAUUGCCAUUAUUGGAUUCUACUUGGGCUAGUCUGUUUUGAAAUGGGCUUGAAUGGGGAUGUUUCGUGCAUUCAUCUAUGCCAUAGCUUAUAUACAGUGAUGAGCCUUAAAGGAAGCUAGUCGCCAAGAAAGCAUGUGGUUUACUAGCUGUUUACAGCCUUGUCACAAGAUGUGUUGACACAGUUUUUUACAGUUACGAUAAGGCAGGUUACUCAGAAAAAAUGGUCACCUUUUCCAUGCAUCAUAAAGAUAAGCCUUUGGCCUCCAACUGUCCAUUUUUCAUGGAUCCUUUAUUGCAGUUAACCUAGUCAGAGAUGAGGAAAUGCACUCCGUUUACAGCGAGUCCACAAACUACCAUUUACAUACUACUCUAUUCCACUUAUUAGACCAGACCUCUAUCCAUUAUACACAGUGACAAUUGUCAGCAAGACAAAAUAAUGGGUUUUCACUCCUUUUGCAAUUUGCUUGUUGUAUCCCAGGGGCUGAAAUGUGAUUGUGGUUUGUCUUUGAGCCAGUGGUGAUAUUCAUAUCCAUCUUAAUGGUGUGUGUACUUAAGGCAGACCUCUGAAGGCAUUAGGCUAGACGGCGUGUUUGGAAAAAGCAGUGCUUCAUUAUUUACGUAGUAUUCAUAUUCGAUACUACGUGGUUCGACAUUGGUCGAGUCUAUAAAUACAAACAACCAUUUUAUUUAUAUUGUCUGUAUAUUUAUCUCCUCAAACCUCAAUGGCUUAAGAUUGAUGGGUGUUUUGGUUGAUCCAUUUUGCCCUUCUCGUCCUCUCUUCCAGCUACCCGGUGGAGAGUGGAGGACUGUCGGUGAAGAAGGGGAGUAAGAGCAAGAAUUUGGAGAAGACUAGGAGAGCCCUCAGUCUGGAGGAGGCCCAACUGGAGCUCCAGCAGCAGAGCAGGAACCUCACCAGACAAGCCCCUGUCAGGUAACCACACAGACACACUGUGCAACCAUAGGCUGUUUUUGCACAGGCAGCCCAAUUCUUAUCUUUUGCCCAAUCAUUGGGAAAAAAAUAUCAGAAAUGGGCUGCCUGUGUAAACGCAGCCAUAUGGACUUCAAGAUUUUACCAUAGAUGCUUAAACACACUUGUUGUUUUCUCUUUGUGAAUGUGUGAAUUAAACUAAGGCCUCUGUGUUUGACUGUCAAUGUCUGUCGAUAAUUCGCUAAACCCACAGACUUCACGUAACGUCAUGCUGAUGCUUUGUCUUCCAAAGGUCUCAGACAUUCGAUGUGGAUAGAAGUUUUGAGAGGACUGAAGGCAGCGGUUCACAAAGUGUACGUUCACUCGUUUUGACUUUUUGACACAGUUUAUGGUUGGGAUAGCUUGAAUCAGCUGCUUUAUCAAGUUUUCAAGGCUUCUCAGUACUCUAACAUGGUCAAUUUAGUCAUGCUUUUUUUCUUCUGUUCAACAGAGUUUUAUAAAGCACAACAAAACAUUCCACAAGCUGUUUCCUGACAUUCCGGAGAGUGAAGACUUACUACAUGGUAAGUGACGUUUGGAAUAUUAUUGGUGGCCAAAGGUGGCUCUCCAAACAAAAUACUGUGUGUCAAAUACUCGCGUCAUGGAAACAGCUAUUCAUGACAUUUUUAAACUAAUUGUUAAAACAAUAGCAUGGUUUGGCGAUGCUGCGGCAUGAGUUGCCACAAAACCAUAAUAACUGACAAUGGUGCACAGUUAUCUGGCAGCCUUUUCGGCCAUCACCGUCUGACCGACAGACGGUGCUUGCUGUGUCAUCACGCUGCCAGGCCUUAUGUAACUAACAUUCCCAUGUCCUCUCUUUCUCCCCAGCCUACAUCUGUGCCCUGCAGAAGGAAGUGCCCUACCAUGGCAGGCUCUACGUCACCGAGCACCACGCAUGCUUCCACUCUUCCGUGCUGCUCAAGGACACCAAGGUAAGCAAACCUGACCCUUGAUAGGUGACUAGGCUUUUUAGUUGAAAACAACAUGGUUUGAACUUUGUCCUACUUGUGAAUAAAUGGUUUGGAUGUCCUAUUCGUAGCUAAUGGAGAAAUAUAUACAUAUACAGUGAAUUCGGAAGGUAUUCGACCCCUUGACUUUUUCCACAUUUUGUUACGUUACAGCCUUAUUCUAAAAUUGAUUAAAUUGUUUUUUUCCCUAUUCAGUCUACACACAAUACCCCAUAAUGACAAUGCAAAAACAGGUUUUUAGAAAUGUUGCUAAUUUAUAAAAAAACUGAAAUAUCACAUUUACGUAAGUACUCAGUACUUUGUUGAAGCACCUUUUGGCAGCGAUUACAGCCUCAAGUCUUCUUGGGUAUGACGCUACAAGCUUGGCACUCCUGUAUUUUGGGAGUUUCUCCCAUUCUUCUCUGCAGAUCCUCUCAAGCUCUGUCAGGUUGGAUGGGGAGUGUUGCUGCACAGCCAACCCUACAGUUUAUUAAUAUGAAUUUUACUUGGUACAUCUAAAGUAAUGAUUAUUGUUUGAAAAGCCUUUUUCUUAGGGAUGUGACGGUACUGUUGCAAGUGAAGGUCUGUUGCUCCUCUCUGUGUGUUUCUGCAGUUGGUGAUCCCGGUGACCAGCGUGCACAUUAUGAAGAAGCAGAACACCGCCCUGCUGGUGCCCAAUGCCCUGUCUAUCCGCACCAUCGAGGGAGAAAAGGUCAGGGUUCACUUCCUUAGCUAUCACAUUGACACUGCAUAGUCCAUCCCUUAAUCAAAUUAUAUGAUCUAUACUGGUGGUUGUAUUGUCAAUCUUUAAUAGAGGGCAACCGAUGAGUUACAUAACACUCAUUGACCUCUGAUAUCAAAGAUUUUAAUCUGGUCAAUGACUUAGCUCAUUUGAAGGCAAAGGUUUGCAACCUUGUACGUUACAGUUUGACUAAAGGGCAUCCAAGCUAAAAUGUCUCUCUCUCCUGUGUGUGUUUUUAGUACCUGUUUGUGUCUUUGCGGAACCGAGAGGCAUGCUACAAACUCCUGCGGUCCGUUUGUCCUCAACUGGAGGAUGGAAGUGCCAACAGCAGCACCUUAUUCUCUUCUGCGGACAAUAGCUUUGAUAAGGGCAAGCUGGUGGUGAGUUAGAAUCACUACCUUUUAUUGUCUUCCUAAAGUUUUUAUUUUUUUAUUCCUGAGUGAAAAUACUACAACAGCCCUUCGUAACCUAACGUUACUGCCUCAUAUUCUACUGUAGAUGUUUUGGCCUCUAUUUUGAAGCUGGUUUUAACCCACUGCCUUUUUCCAUCUCCCCAGAACUCCAGUCAGUCCAGUGUAGAGGACAGUUUUGACCAGCUGGACGGGUCAGAACCCAAGCUCUUCCUUGACUCGCCCCCACCCAGCCCACACAUAGGUGAGUGCGCCUAACUGGAAUAGUAGUCUGGAAGAAGAUCAGCCUUUAGUCUGGAGGGUCUACUCUGGACUAGUACUUUUUAACUCUGCAUUGUUGGGAAAGGGCUCGUAAGUAAGCAUUUCAUGGUAAAGUCUACACUCGUUGUAUUCGCUGCAUGUCACAAAUUGUAUUUUAUUGUGGUCCUGUUUCCUGGACACAGAGUAAGCCUAGUCCUGGACAAAAAAAUCCCUUUCAAGGGAGAAUUUCCUUUGAGCGUGCUUAAUCUUAAGCACAAUGUUCAACCUCUCCUGUAGUCCCUAAUGUGUAGACUGAUAAAGUUUUACAGUUGGCUACAUGCGAGUGUUCUCUUUUCUUAUGAAUGGUGUAUUUUGUAGGUUAAAUGAAUAGGGUGCUUUGUUCAACCUCCCCAGAAAGUACCCCCAUGUGUAGACUAAUAAAGUUUUACAGUCGGCUACAAGUGACGUUAUCUGUUGUGUACGUACCUGACCUCCACAUGCAAAGUCCAAGGUAAUGUUUUUAGAGAUGGACUAACGUGUGUUUUUUUUCAUCCUCCUCAGACCUAGUGCCUCAAGGGAGCAGCUGCAGCCCUAGGAGCACGCACACGCAGCAGAGUGACAGCUCCUUAGAGGACCUUUCAGGUAAACACACACACACAACGUAGGCCUAUGUGUCUGGUUGUCUCCUUUUCUCACACAAACAGAAAAAAAGCUUUAUCACAGCGAGCCACUGACAAGCAAGUUGUUUUACAGUUAGUCAUGUGUGUGCCAUAGUGGGAUUGCUUGAUUUUAUUUGGCAAUGGAAAAUGCAUAUAAAGCUGCCAGAGACAUUACAUGCCUGCGCUAACCACAUGUCGUUCUGUCUCUCCUCGGUCAGGUGGCUCGUGGGUGUGGAGUGUGACGGAAAAAGCCCGCUCCAUCCUCAUCCAGAGAGAGGCCAGCAGCCUCAACACUCUCCUCUUCAUCUACCUAAUACUGUAAGUGACCUCUAACCUCUCCACACUCAUCUACCGAAUCCUGCUUCCCUAACUUCCUAUCUUUACACUUGCUCUGUAUUUGCUCAGUUUAACCCCCUAUGGUCGAUGUCCGUGCCCCCGCUGAAAUCUAAUUAGCAUAAUAAAAAAUCCCCAUCGCAAUCUGUCAGUUUAAGCUAGAGAUGUCAGUUUUUUUUGCAUUGGAUGCAUCUCAAUCCACCGCAUCCGCUUAUGUCGCACUUCUGCAUCUGCAGUGAAAGGUGACAGCGCUAGAACGGUGUUUGUCAGACCAUGAGACAUCCCGAAAAUCGGUGUUCUCACAAAAUUGGCUGUAGUGUCCGAAAGGUGUUCGAUGGGGUUGAGGUCAGGGCUCUGUGCAGGCCAGUCAAGUUCUUCCACGCCGAUCUCUACAAAUCAUUUUGGUAUGGACCUCGCUUUGUGCACGGGGGCAUUGUCAUGCUGAAACAGGAAAGGGCCUUCCCCAAACUGUUGCCACAAAGUUGGAAGCACAGAAUCAUCUAGAAUGUCAUUGUAUGCUGUAGCGUUAAGAUUUCCCUUCAAUGGAACUAAGAGCCUAGCCCGAACCAUGAAAAACAGCCCCAGACCAUUAUUCCUCCACCAAACUUUACAGUUGGCACUAUGCCUUCGGGCAGGUAGCGUUCUCCUGGCAUCCGCCAAACACAGAUUCGUCCGUCGGACUGCCAAAUGGUGACACGUGAUUCAUCACUCCAGAGAACGCGUUUCCACUGCUCCAGAGGUCAAUGGCGGCGAGCUUUACACCACUCCAGCCGACGCUUGGCAUUGCGCAUGGUGAUCUUAGGCUUGUGUGCAGCUGCUCGGCCAUAUAAACCUGCUUCAUUAAAUUCCAGACUAACAGUUCUUGUGCUGACGUUGCUUCCAGAGGCAGAUUGGAACUCUGUAGUGAGUGUUGCAACCGAGGACAGACGAUUUUUACACACUUCAGCACUCUCGGUCCCAUUCUGUGAGCUGAGCUGUUGUUGCUCCUAGACGUUUCCACUUCACAAUAACAGCAUUUACAGUUGACCGGCGCAGCUCUAGCAGGGCAGAAAUUUGACUAACUGACUUGUUGGAAAGGUGGCAUCCUAUGACUGUGCCACGUUGAAAGUCACGUCUGUAAGGCCAUUCUACUGCCAAAGUUUGUCAAUGGAGAUUGCAUGGCUGUGUGCUUGAUUUUAUACACCUAUCAGCAACGGGUGUGACUGAAAUAGCCGAAUCCACUCAUUUGAAGAGGUGGCCACAUACUUUUGUAUAUAUAUAGUGUAUAUAAGGAGACUGUUUAGUGCCAAAAAAAGGGGUUAAUAUGUAUGUAUGUGUGUGUGUGUUAUUUAUAUAUAUAUAACACACACACACACACACACACACACACACACACACACACACACACACACACACACACACACACACACACACACACACACACAGUACCAGUCAAAAGUUUGGACACACCUACUCAUUCAAGGGUUUUUCUUAAUUUUUACUAUUUUUUACAUUGUAGAAUAAAAGUGAAGAUAUCAAAACUAUGAAUUAACAUAUGGAAUCAUGUAGUAACCAAAAAAGUGUUAAACAAAUCAAAAUAUGUUUUAUAUUUGAGAUUCUUCAAAUAGCCACCCUUUGCCUUGAUGACAGCUUUGCACACUCUUGGCAUUGUAAAAAUAAAGAGAAACCCUUGAAUGUGUAGGUGUGUCCAAACUUUUGACUGGUAGUGUAGAUAGAUGGAUGGCACAGACACUACAGAACAAACUUCCUUUAGAUUAUGUUUGUGGGACUAUCUGUUCCAUGUAGUGAUUAUGUUAUUCAAUGUGUUUGUAUGGUGCUAAUAGCAAAGGUCCUUUUUUUUUUUUUUUUUUUUUUUUUUUUUUACAGCAUUUUUGUAUAUAUUUUUUGGAUACUUCAAGGGGUCUUAAAAUUCGAACUCAAAUUAUCCUUGGUAUGACCUUAAAACAAUUCCAUAUAGCUUAGUAGAAACCCCUCUCCCCUGACUUAGACUGUUAUGGGUGAAUGGGAUUCGGUGUGUCUAGACUUGAGGGCCUCAUUUCACAAAACACGUUUCUAGGCUUAUGCUCUGCAGGCAUGGUAACCAAUGUGUUCCUAAAAGCAUUUGCAUACAUGUGCCUAGUUACACGUGAUUAAAUGAUGAGAUAAGAAAAAGCUAUACGACUGGUUAAAUAAGUUAUGUACUCCACAAACACGUAAAAAUGUCCAGCUGCUCUAGAUCUAGUUCUACUUGCUCUGGAAGACUAAGUUUAAAACCAUCACGUCAAAGUUGCCGCAUUGGAAUGUGCUCUUUGAAGACUGACAAUAGAUUGAGGAAAUUAAUUUUGGAUGGCCUAUGACCAAUUUGAAUGAGGUGAAUUGAAGCCGCAUAUGCGGGUGUGACUAAACAUUGUUUGUGUUUAGGGUGGUACUACUGCUGCUAUCAUCGGGGUACAUCGGCCUCCGUAUUGUGGCUCUGGAGGAGCAGUUGACCUCUCUGGGCGCCCUCCCAGAAUUCUCCCUACAGAGCAGGUAA